CGGACGCUUGCGGGCCGGCGGCCUGAAGUCGGAGUGAGCGGCGGCAAGGGCCCGAGUAAUGGCUAUGCAGAUGCAGCUUGAAGCAAAUGCAGAUACUUCAGUGGAAGAAGAGAGCUUUGGCCCACAACCUAUUUCACGGUUAGAGCAAUGUGGGAUCAAUGCCAAUGAUGUGAAGAAAUUGGAAGAAGCUGGAUUCCAUACUGUGGAGGCUGUUGCCUACGCACCAAAGAAGGAGCUAAUAAAUAUUAAGGGAAUUAGUGAAGCCAAGGCUGAUAAAAUUUUGGCUGAGGCAGCUAAAUUAGUUCCAAUGGGUUUCACCACUGCAACUGAAUUCCACCAAAGGCGGUCAGAGAUCAUACAGAUUACCACUGGCUCCAAAGAACUUGACAAAUUACUUCAAGGUGGAAUUGAGACUGGAUCUAUCACAGAGAUGUUUGGAGAAUUCCGAACUGGGAAGACCCAGAUAUGUCAUACAUUGGCUGUAACAUGCCAGCUUCCUAUUGACCGGGGUGGAGGUGAAGGAAAGGCCAUGUACAUUGACACCGAGGGUACCUUUAGGCCAGAACGGCUGCUAGCAGUGGCUGAGAGAUAUGGCCUCUCUGGCAGUGAUGUCUUGGAUAAUGUAGCAUAUGCUCGAGGGUUCAACACAGACCACCAGACCCAGCUCCUUUAUCAAGCAUCAGCCAUGAUGGUAGAAUCUAGGUAUGCACUGCUUAUUGUAGACAGUGCCACCGCCCUCUACAGAACAGACUACUCAGGUCGAGGUGAACUCUCAGCCAGGCAGAUGCACUUGGCCAGGUUUCUGAGGAUGCUUCUGCGACUUGCUGAUGAGUUUGGUGUAGCAGUGGUCAUCACUAACCAGGUGGUAGCCCAAGUGGAUGGAGCAGCAAUGUUUGCUGCAGAUCCCAAAAAACCUAUUGGAGGAAACAUCAUUGCCCAUGCAUCAACAACCAGACUGUACCUGAGGAAAGGAAGAGGGGAGACCAGAAUCUGCAAAAUCUACGACUCUCCCUGUCUUCCUGAAGCUGAAGCUAUGUUUGCCAUCAAUGCAGAUGGAGUGGGAGAUGCCAAGGACUGAAUCAUUCAUUUUUUCCUGCAUAAACCUUAAGUGCUGUGCCUAAUGGAGAGCACUCCUCCCUGGGGUUCUUCACAGGCCCCUUCCUGUUGAGACUGCCAGGAAGAGGCUUCCGGGAAAACAGCUAUUGUAUCAGCUUUUCUGAUGGUAUAAACAGGAGACCAGUCAGUAAUCACGACUGAUCUGAAAUGUUUCUUCCUUCUGGAACACAUUGAUCUCUGAUUUCUUUGGUUUUGGAAAAGAGGUAUGAAAUACCUUUGACAUAGUGCCUUGGGAUUGACUUGGGUCUAACAGCUGUCUGUUGGACAAGCUUACAUCUCCAAGAGAACUAAAACUGGAGAGACCCGACCCUUCUCUCACUACUGAAUAAUGAUAAAAUAAAAUGCCUGAGCUGUGUAGCAAAAGGAAUGGGUCCCCGCACAAGUUCUUCUCUGUCAGUACAAUGCUCCCAUCAAUCACAAGCAGGUUUUUAAGUUGUAUACCUGAAUGCUCUUACAUGAGAAUUUGGUUUUGAUUAAGGAGUCUUGUAUGAGCCCUGUUGGGCUGUCAGCCCUUCACCAUCUAAUCGCUUGGUCUUUUACUGCUAAGACUUAACUCAAGAUAAUUCUGGAGUUUUACGCAUUUCAGAGGCUAAGUAACAGAUCAAUUGUGAGGCCACUAAUAAAGUAGUUAUUUGUAGUAAA